AUGGCCGCGACUCGUCUGCUCCCCUUUCUCCUCCUGCUUCUCGUCUCCCACGCCGUCCUCUCGUCAGCCGCACCUCGUCGGCCAAAAAAAACCGCUCUGAAUGUUCAAGCCCACGCGAAGCGCCAUCGAGGCGUCGUAACUCCCGCCGCGACCGGCGGGCCCAUUAAGUACAGUGGAGGUCCUAUCGUCGCAGGCAACCCGACGGUGAACAUCUACCAUAUCUACUACGGCAGCUGGCCGUCCGGGUCCGGGCAGGAUUACAUCGACAACUUCGUUAGGUCUUUAAGUAGCGACUCGGGCGCGCAGGGCUCGUCGAGCGACCCUACGGUGAAGGGGUGGUGGGCGAUCACGUCGAACUACUAUCAGUCGAGCUGGAUGGUGAAGAAGAACGUGAGCUCCAUGGUGCGGCUCGCGGGGACGACGUACGACAAUUACUCGUACGGCAAGGCUCUCACCGACAGCAACGUGGUCUCCAUUCUUCCUCUCUGGAUGCCGUCUUCCCCGGAUUUCUUGUCGCCUUUUGAACGCUGUUACGCCGUCGUCUCGCUUCCUACUGUGUGCUUUCACCAUUUUAUGAGAGUGUUAAGCUUCGACUAA